ACGUCAUCACGCAACCUCUACGUGCUCCGCCCCACGCUGGUGAAGUGUUUCCGCCAAGAUGGUUGUCGGUGCUUUCCCCAUUGCUAAGCUCCUCUAUCUCGGAGUGAGGCAGAUGAGCAAGCCUGUGGCAAACCGGAUAAAGGCCGGAGCCCGGAGAAGCGAGUUCUUCAAAACUUACAUCUGUCUGCCGCCGGCACAGCUUUACCACUGGAUUGAGAUGAAAACAAAGAUGCGGAUCAUGGGCUUUCGGGGUUCCACCAUUAAGCCACUGAAUGAGGAUGCGGCUGCAGAGCUGGGUGCAGAGUUGCUGGGAGAGGCAGUCAUUUUCCUCAUUGGAGGUGGAUGCAUGGUGCUGGAGUACAGUAGGCAGGCUGCUAACUCCCGACGCAAAGAGGAGGAGCUGAAUGAGACCAUCAUAAGCCUACAGACUCAACUAGCAGAACUAUCAUUAACCACAGAGACUCUAGAUGCUCGGCUGAGAGAGGUCAACAGGCAACUACUGUCCUUUCCUACUCCCACCACUAAGUGACGAAAUAAGUUACUUGCUAUAUGGUGUGGCACUGUUUGUUGACCUGUGUAUGAAGGAAUAAGAAUGCACCAACAUGGUAUGGCCAUAUGUACAGCAUGAUGACAACCCUUCUUCACACACUGUCCCCUAAACCCAUAAAGCUGGGUGGAAUAGGUGGACAUGAACAUAUCAGUGUGCUGGGGAUUUGGGUCCUAUAAUUAGCUCGUGUUUUGAGCAACUAGUUGUAAAAGGGGAUUGCUAUGAUAUUCAUAGUGGGUUUCUGUGGUUCAUCUUGCAUGUUCAUUACAAAAGUUGACUGUAUAACAAUUUACAGUUCAGGGCAAUGGUGAUCCUAAAGUUAAUAUAUAUUUGAUAACACCUCUGGCACAUUACUUUUUAUUUCAGAUUCAGAUUUUCAUGCUUCAUUGACUUCAGUUGUGAGUGACACUAGACAUAUAAUGCCACUCAAAAACAAACAUUACAAAACUUUAUUUUUUACAGUUUCUGCCCCUGCAGCUUCAUGGACAUGUCACGUUGUAUUCAGUGUGAAUCCCUUUACUGGUUCAUGUACCAUGGAUGUGAUGACAAUUGUAAAAGGAAUAUGUAAAAUAAAAUUGUAUGCUGUCUGUUGACGGA